UAUUUAAAUCCAAAAUUACAGAUGAACAGUGUGGAGGUUGUGAAAGCCUACGUUACCAGAAUCAGUGACGUUAAUCCUUUGUUAAAUGCUGUAGCCCAAGAAAAUUUCCAAUCUGCUCUUCUGGAAGCAAAGAGAGUUGAUGAACGACUAAGUCAGGGUUUUAAGGAUGGAAGCCUUACUAAGGAAUAUCUCAAAGAAAAUCAGCCAUUUUUAGGAGUACCCUUUACUGUCAAGGAAACAGUUGCAGCAGCAGGACUACCAAAUUCAGGAGGACUGGUAGUUCGGAACAGUAUUAGAGCUCCAACUGAUGCAGAUAUUGUGAGGAAAAUGAAGAGAGCUGGUGCCAUACUGGUGGGAAAUACUAAUGUAUCAGAACUUGGAAUGUGGUGGGAAAGUGAUAACCAUGUAUACGGACGAACAAAUAAUCCGUACGACACCAGACGUACCCCAGGGGGAUCUUCUGGUGGUGAGGCUGCCUUAAUGUGUGCUUGUGGGACACCUAUCAGCCUGGGUACAGACACAGGAGGGUCCAUCCGCAUUCCAGCAUACUUUUGUGGACUUUUUGGUCACAAACCUUCCAGUGGUGUCACAUCAGUAAAAGGGUGUAACAUUCACCUGGAUAUUGCGUGGAGUGAAAUGCAAAGUGCAGGACCCAUUACAAGACAUGCUAAGGAUCUUGCACCAAUUCUUGCUGUGUUAGUUGGUGAUAAAGCUGACAAGCUUUCUCUUGAUAAGCGUGUUGAUCCUGGGACGCUUCAGAUCUUUACCAUGGAAAAUGAUUGUGAUGGCAUCUUGACUUCCAAUAUGAGUUCCAGCCUAGUUGCUGCUCAGAGAGCUGUAGCUCAUCAUUUCCGACAUACAUAUGAUAUCACAGUUCGAAAGGUGAUAAUCCCAGGAAUGAAAAAGUCUUAUCAGAUAUGGCAAGAAAAACUAAGAGAGGAGUACAAGGAAGGAACUCCCAUUUUUCAACAAAUGGCUGAUAACAAGGGAGAAAUUAAUGUUUGGACUGAGAUAACCAGACUCAUUCUAUGUCGUGCACACCACACCAUACCUCUGCUAGCCCAAGCAGCAAUGGAGAAAUUUGCAGGUGAGGUGAAAUUUUUAAGAGACCAGAAGAAAGUGCUUCAAGGAAAAGAAGACACUCAGAGAGUUCCUGCACAGCUUCAAGGGGAGACCAUGUGGAAGAGACUCCAGAUGCGAGUGCAGCGUCUAUUGGGGGAUAAUGGAGUGCUGCUGUAUCCAAGCCAUCCAACUCUAGCACCUUAUCACAACGAACCACUCUUCCGACCCUUGAACUUCACCUACACUGCAAUUUUCAAUGCACUAGGAUUCCCUGUUACUCAGGUACCUCUGGGACUUGCUCCAAACGGUCUUCCACUUGGUAUACAGGUGGUGGGAGGACUCUACCAAGACCAUGUGACCAUAGCUGUAGCUGCAGACUUGGAAAAGGCCUUUGGUGGAUGGAUCUGCCCUUCGAAGAUUUUAUAAACAAUUUUGUCCUUGUUUUGAACUCAGCAUUUAUUAAAUUUGAACAAUCACUAAUUUUGACUUGCAUUUACAAAAACCUAAAUAAAUCUUUAAAAAACA